AUGCUUUCGAUUCUGAUCGCCACGCUUAUUGCGCUCUGUUCCUGGUACUUCCUGAGCCCAAAACGACGCCUCCCACCCGGCCCCAGCUUCAUCUCAGGCCUCAUCGCGGGAAACAACGACUUUAAAUCUUUCCAAAAAUGGACCCAACAAUACGGCCCGAUCGUCAGCGCAAAGAUCGGCACCCGAACCUACAUCAUCCUGGGCACGCGACAGGCAGCGCAAGAUCUUCUUGAAAAACGCGGAAAUAUAUACAGCGAUCGUCCACCAUCGGUGCUGCUAGACAACUAUCUGUCUAAGCAAAUGGGCGCGGCGUUCAUGCCGUAUGGUCGUGAAUGGAGACUUAAUCGCCGGUUGUACUCGUCGCUGUUGAGCUCGAGGGCGGCGGAUUCGUAUCGAUACUUGCAGGAUAUUCAGAGUAGGAUGCUGCUGCAUGGGUUUUUGGAGAGUAAUGAACUUGAGAAGUUUCAUCAGUACACUUCCGAUGUUAUGUUCACGCUUGUCUAUGGGAAGGGGCAGGGGAGGAAUGAUGACGACCAUCGACGGCUGGAGCAUAUUAACGAGAUGGUUGCUUUCGUGCUGCAGGGAACGUCGCUUGGGACGGCGUUGCUGGAGCUCUUUCCCGUUCUGGAUCGUCUUCCGCAUAUCUUCAUGAAAUGGAGGAAGAAGGCGGAGCAGCUGCAUGAGAAGACUACGGACGUGUAUACUGAGUGCUGCAAUACGGCUCUUGGGGUGGAUUGUUGGAAUUGGUGUCAUGAAGCGGUGCAGAAGAAGGACGUCGUCAUUGAGCUGCCCUGGGAGCAUCUAUGCUAUGCGCUUGGGGAUCUCUACGUGGCUGGAGUUCAUACCAGCAAGAUGGUUAUGGAGAUCUUCGUUCUGGCUUCUAUCCUCUAUCCGGACACUGUGAAAAAGGCGCACGAGGAGCUUGACUCUGUUAUUGGCUCUGAGCGUCUGCCCGCGUUCGAAGAUAUGGAGCGUCUCCCAUACGUCAAUGCCUUCAUCCUGGAGCUGCUUCGAUGGAAGCCCAUCUCCCCUAUUGCCGUCCCUCAUGCUGUCACUCAGGAUGAUGAAUACAUGGGCUACUUCAUCCCCAAGGGUGCAACCGUUGUCGCCAACCAGUAUGCAAUUAACAUGGACGAGAGCGCCUUCGAGAAUCCUACAGUUUUCAAGCCCGAAAGACAUAUUGGCAACCCCGAUCCUCCCAUUUCAGCGUUUGGUUUCGGUCGCAGACGGUGUCCAGGUGAGCGGACAGCACGGUCGACCUUGUUUAUUGUCAUUUCUCGUGUGCUGUGGGGAUACGAUAUUACUUGUGCUGAGGGUGCUGAACAACCAACUGAAGAAUCGAACGCGGGUUCUGUGAAAGCUGACUUUCUUGUGAGAAGCCCUGAGCAUCGGAGAGUUAUUGAAUGGGAGUUUGAGUCGGCUGAUAAGGAUGAAAAGAGGGUUUUGGGAAGUAUUCGGGAAAGUAUGCGGGCUAAGAUAUAG